CGUAAUGUGUAGAAUUUACCCCCUUUACUCUCACCUCAUUUCCGUGGAAACUGACUCUGAUUCCGCUCUAAAAAUUCCAUGAAUCGCUCUCAUUAAAUUCUAUUUGUCCACACUAUUCUGUCAGUUUAGAAGUACCAAGUACCGGAACUUAAAUUUUCCAAUCAACAUAGUUGACCACGAACUCUCUGGGAAAAUUACAUAUUUAAUCCUCUAACUUUUUGAAUUCCCAACUAUGGUACAUGUACUUGACAGAUUUUUGCUCAAACUUCGGAGGCUCGGUUCUCCUUCAUCCGACGUCGAAAUUCCAUAUUGUCGACACGGUGACGCUCCUGGAAUCAAUCUCCACGCAACCGUAUCAAAAUUUUGAAGUAUAGUCGAACUCGAUAUUUCUGGUUUUUCCGACGACACUCUGACGGUUUACCGAUGAAGCUCCGACGAGGAAUUUGACGAUCUCCAAACUGGAUUAUGAUCCGCGGAACGAUUCCUGACUCUCUACCGAGCAAAAACCAAUGCCCAUAAUCCUUUAUUUCCCUCUCUUUUCCCUUUCUUUUAUUAUUAUUUUUUUUUUGCUCUGCCCGCACCUUCUUCUCUGGCGUGAAACAACAGACACGUGAGGUCGGGGUCGGCGCCGCUGCUAAUUCGGCCGCUGUUUCUAGGUCGUCACUGCUGGUGAGGAUACGGGAUUGUCGCAACGUGAAGCUGCUACUGAUCGAGCGGGAGAGGCGCGAGGUGGUCGCGACGCGACAGAGCUGCCGAGGACGACGGUGGAAGGUUGCUGGCGCUGCUUCUUCUUCUUUUCUUUCUUUCUUUCUUUCUUCCUUCUCCUUCUUUCUUCCUUUCUCAGCUAAUCUCAUUAAAGGAGGGGUUGGGGAGUAAUGGGAGGGGUAACGGGAGAAUCGGGUUACGUUAGGGAAUAAUUGGUGGAAUAUAGAGACACCGAGAGGGAGUGGGAAUUUGGUAACAGUGGGUUGUGAAUUAAUUCCUUUUUCUUUUCACUAAAUUUAAUUUAAUUAAAAUCUAUUUAUCCUUAGUUAGAAAAAUAAAAAUUAAUUAAAUUAAAUAUUCUCUUGAAUCGAACUAACUCGACUACCAGUCCAACCUUACCCAAAAAUCAGGAUGUUUUAACAUCAGCAACCUGCGCGUGCUGCAAACAGGAGGCCGCGACACUAGAGCAUGUUUUCCGGAAUUUCAUGUAUGCCAGGGAAGUUUGGCAGCUGAGCUUGCCUUCGGCAGUGAGCUCCCACGCAGAUCAUCGGUCCUUUAAGGAUUGGUUCAUGCAUUAUCUACCGAGCCCAGAGACACGGGUGCGUUUUGGAUUCACCUGUUGGUUCCUAUGGCGUUUGCGGAAUGAUUACAUCUUCUCAUACAUCAAGGAGGCACCUUGUAAGCUUACGCAAAAGAUCCUACCAGAGAGAUCAUUUCACAAAAAAGUAAAGCAGCGGAACACGUUAUUACACUAGGGAGGUUGGGGUCGAGUCGAGGCAUGGUAUUUAGGUGGAGAUCGACCCUGACAGGAUGGCUCACAGUGAACUCUGAUGGUUCUGUUCUGCAACCAUCAAGGUCAGCCACUGCAGGAGGGGUGCUUCGCGAUGGGCAGGAUCGCUUACUAGGUGCUUACUCGAUGAACCUGGGGAGAUGUACUAUCACUCGCGCAGCGCGGAGCUAUGGGGUGCACUUCAGGGACUACAUAUGGCGUGGGAUGCGGGGCACAAAAAAGUCGAGCUUCAGCUUGACUCCAUGAUGGCAAUUCACCUCCUCUCGCCUGACUCUCCGACCAGUCACCAGCACGCUAGCCUUGUGCUAGCUUUUCGUGACCUGCAAGCGAGAGACUGGGAGGUAAAGGUGCAUCACAUUUACAGAGAGGCAAAUUUCCUGAUUGAUUGCUUAGCUCACAAGGGUCACCUGUUAGACCUGGGCUCUACUUGUACUUCGUUCACCAAUCCUGGCAUUGAUCGCGGAUUUGCGAUCCGUUCGAUUUCUUAAUCCGAGGUAGUGGUGCUUGCACCCUUUAAACAAAAAGUAAAAAUAAAAAUAGAUGACGAUCAUACACUGAGCUUCUAAGUAGUUUAUUUUAAUACCUUGAGUGGGAUGAUAAUUUGGACAUCACUCGUUUGAUUUUACUUGUGAGUAGCAUGGUUUUAAUGUGGGACUUAUUUGUGCCCUAUCUCGCAUCAUUCUUACCGUCAUAUAUUAAUUCUCUAAUACAUCAUCUAUAGAAAAUGAUAAUGCAAAAGUAAAGUAGAAUCAAUUUUUUAUAAUUAAAGGAAAGUAAAUAUGACGAAGAGAACAAUGGUUUAAUUGGUAUUAAAUGGUUAUGAAUUGC